GACAAAGAUAAAGGAGGGAAAAACAGAAGGAUGAAGUGGUGAGGAGGUUUGGACUUUUCUGGAUUGGUACGUGAUAUUGCUGUGCUGCGCGCUUUAAAUCUGUGUGGAGCCUCUGGAGUGGGCACAACUGGUGUCCUCUCAUAUUCACAGAAGCAAUCAGUUGCUUUUGAGCAUCAGGUGAGCAUUUCAGCCCUACUUCUUAUUUCUCUUGGCUACACACUCCUCUUUCAGCAGAGGAGCAGAAAGAGUGAACGCACCUUAACAAUAUGACCGAAGGAUCCGCGCCUUGACGCGCCCCGGUGCGUGCAUGUUGGACCGGUGAGAGUGUGGACUAGUAUGAAGCGCCAUGGCUUGGUGUGACCGCGGGGUUCAAACGCUGCUGGCCACCGUGGGGGCUUUCGCUGCCUUCAGCCUGAUGACCAUCGCCAUCGGCACGGACUACUGGCUCUAUUCGCGGGCGUACAUCUGCAACGGCACCAAUGCCACCACAGACGAGACCCAGUCGCAGCCCAAAACCAAGAAGGGCGAUCUCACCCACUCCGGGCUGUGGAGAAUCUGCUGUAUUGAAGGUAUCAAUCAAGACAGCUGUUACAGAAUCAACCAUUUCCCUGAUGACAAUGACUACGACACAGACAGCUCUGAAUACUUGCUGCGUAUAGUUCGUGCCUCCAGUGUGUUCCCCAUCCUCAGUACCAUCCUGCUGAUGCUCGGCGGGCUGUGUGUAGGGGUGGACCGAGUCUACAACAAGACAAACAAUGUCCUCCUCAGUGCAGGCAUUCUCUUUGUAGCUGCAGGUCUGAGCAACAUAAUUGGCAUCAUUGUCUACAUCUCCAGCAAUGCAGGAGACCCCAGUGAUAAACGUGACGAUGACAAGAAGUACACUUACUCCUACGGCUGGUCGUUCUACUUUGGCGCCCUUUCCUUCAUUGUGGCCGAAACUGUGGCCGUCCUCACAAUCAACAUCUACAUUGAGAAAAACAAGGAAGUCCGCUGGAGGGCGCGGCGCGAGUUUAUCCGUUCACUCUCUUCCUCUUCCCCAUAUUCGAGAAUACCGAGUUUCCGCUACCGCCGGCGGACAUCGCACGCCAGCUCUCAUUCUACAGAGGCUUCAAGGGAGAACUCACCUGUGGUUGGACUGAAGAGGGCAACAUCUUCUAGUGGGCCCCUGGAUGAGCUGUCCAUGUACGCCCUGGCGAGGGACAGUGUGACAGAGAACACGUACAGCCCCGAACACGAGGCAGCUGCUGAGUUCCUCCAGGUCCAUAACUGUUUCCCCAAUGAUUUAAAGGAUGGGGUAAACCGCAGAACCACACCGGUGUGAGCGGCAUGUGAAUGGGCUCAAGGUUAAUCCUGGAAGUGGAUAAACGGGAAAAUGAUGAAAAAACCAGUGGGCAGACCUGUUGGAGCCUGCGUGCUUGUGAUAGUCUGCCAUCUUUUCAAAGGCACAGUUUUCAAAGAGAGACUGUCCUUUUUGGAAAUAACCAGGAGACGAAAGGACAGUCAGCCGAACAGAAGACGAGCCAAUUAACAGAACCAUCAUGAGUUCCUUUCUCAUGUAUCUGCUUUUAGAGAUCAUCAAAGCAGAAUAGAGUAACCAUUGUCUGUGCUGUAGCCAAAUCAGUGUUAUCGUUCAGCUGCGUCGAAAUGCUUAAAUUACCAGUGUGUUGAUCAUAACCCUUGUUUGGGUAAUGGUCACUACACACGUUGAGGUGUGCCAAUCAGCAUUAUACUACCUGUAAAUGAUAUAACAAGGUGCUAAAUGAUAUGUACUCUUUGACUUGAAAGUGUUCCAUUUGUGUGUGAAGUUGCUAUAAAGUGUGGACCUCUCUCCAAAGUUUUUAUUGUGUCCUCAUAACUACUGUGGUCUUGCCUUAUACUCUAAUCAUAGAUUUGAAAGAGAUGACUCUC